AUGUGGCGGGGCGCGGCCGCGGCGCUGCUGUGCCUGGCCGCGGCCUGGCUCUUGCGCCGCGGGUUCGAGCCCCGCGCCCGCCUGCUCAGCGCCGCGGAGCUGCGCCGCUACCGCGGGGCGCCGGGAGAGCCCGGCCUCUACCUCGCCCUGCUGGGACGGGUCUUCGAUGUGGAGCGGGGCCGCAAGCACUAUGGGCCUGGCGGAGCGUACAGCGGGCUCGCAGGCAGAGAUGCCACCAGAGCGUUUGCCAGCGGCGACUUCACCGCGGCGGGGCUGGUGGACGACGUGGCGGGGCUGUCACCGCCGGAGCUGCUCUCCAUCCACAGCUGGCUGAGCUUCUACAGCGACAGCUACGAGCCCGUGGGGAAGCUGGUGGGCAGAUUCUAUGAUGAAAAUGGGGCACCGACAGAAGCCCUGAGGGAGGUUGAGGCUGCCAUUGAGGAAGCUCUCAAAUUCCAAGCAGAAAGUGAGCAGAAGAAGCAGCAGUUCCCACCCUGCAACUCUGAAUGGAGCUCUGCUAAAGGCACCCGGUUCUGGUGCUCCAGACAGAGUGGGGGCGUGCACAGAGACUGGGCCGGAGUCCCUCGGAAGCUGUACAGCCCCGGCUCCCAGGGCAGUCGCUGUGUGUGUGUGAGGAGCUCAGGUCCCCCCUGGGGACAGCCAGACUCCUCCCAGCACAGCGACAGGGGGGACCUGGAUAAUCCUCACCUGGAGCGCUACGAGGGCUGCCACCCCCUGGCCGAGCAGUGCGUCCUCCUCACGGGCUGACUCCGGGGCAGGGGGAAUCCUGCAGUGAAACCUUGUGCUGCUCCAGCAGCUCCAGCUCCAUCCCUGUCUGUGCAAAGGGAGCAGUAACAAUCUCGUGUUAAUUGUGAUGCUUUUUAACAUGCAGAGUUGAGAGAAGGAGGAAACGCUUCAGCCAGGUCAGUGGCUAAACAAAUCAACAGGAUGCUUGCUUUAUUUCUAUGAGAAAUAUUUUUGCACCUGGGAAGCAGCUGUAAGAUGCACAGCCUGAAUUGUAUUUUGGAAGUGCUUUCUUGUGCAGUCAGGAAAGGGAUGUUUGUGUGCACAGUGGUGGGACAACGUGCUGUGGUUCAAGGCAGCGAGGUCAGUGAGCACAGGAACUGCUGCAGCAUCACUGCCCACACUUGGUGCACAGUCCUCAGGUCCUUCCCAGGCACCUGACUCACUCCAAAGGGUUUAAAGGUAGCAGGGAGAACCCUCAAUUUCUUCUGCAAUUAAGGUCCACAGUAUCUAGGAACUUGUGCAGUUUAGUUACACACAAGCUUUAUCAAAUUCUUGGAGUAGUGAAGGCAAAGGCCAGAGCUGCAUUUCCUCAUUCAGUGUUUGCAUUAGAUACUGUGCCAAGAUAUUGAAGCCAUCUAUGAGGAUUGUUUGAUAUUAACCUCACCCUCCUGGUCUGUGAUUCACCACUUUCAGACUGUUCUGAUCAGAAAUGAGUAGUUUUAAAUAGAUUUCUUUUUGUUGCCUGGGUGGCAGCAGAACCAUCCUACUGUAAUGUGCCUCCUGUUUCCAUUCUGGUAUAAGAUUUUCUUCCCAUCUGCUCUGUGCCUGUCAGACUGCAGCCUGAGCUGGAUGUGCCCUUACAACACCCAGCACACUUAAACUCCAUCCUUAGGGAUCACAGCUGGCAGAAUUCAGCAAGGAGUGACUCCCAGAAUGGUGAUUACCAUUUCUGGGUGGGGCUAAAAGGGGGGAAGGAAUACCUGCUCAGGGUUCAGGCACUACAGACCUCAAGCUGCAGGGAAGCAGUUGCUGGUUUUAAUGGAAUCUGCUGUUAAAAUCAGUUUUUGUGUAGCUGAGCUUUGGGAGAGAAGCGCAGAUCCGGGUCCAGUGGUGGCACAGGUCCUGCUGAGCUGUGGUCAGUUCUCCUUAAGGCAGCUGUCACCUCUGUAAAGCAGCUGGGAAGUGUUUAUAAAGUGAUUUUUAGCUCCCACUGCCUCUAAAGAGAGGCCCAAGAUCUACGUGAUUAGUUAGUUAAUUAGCAUUUACUCCCUUGCAGUAGGACACAUUACAGCACUUCUCACUGGUAAAAGCUCAGAGGAUGCUACAGCUGCCAGGGAUGAAACCACACAGGAGUUUAAACACGCACAUGCUUGUAACAGUGGAGGGGCACGGGGUUGUGGUUUUAUUUUGGGGUUUUUUACCUCAUCAUCCUGAAGAGAAGCUGUUCCAGGCAUUGCCCUGCUGUGCCAGCUCCUGUCACUCACAGGGGGAGCAGGAUGUGAGGCAGAACCAAACCUCAGCCCUGGGCUUGAGCCACCUUUGGGGGUGGAGUGAGCAGCUCCGUUCACACAACGCUGGAGAUCAGGCUUUGUGAAAGGUGCAGGAAAGAGCUGCAAAGCAGCACUUCACUGCCUCCACAACUUUGGCUUUGCCACAAUUAAAGAGACACCACCACCUUAAAAAGAAAUUGCAUUUAAAGCAGCAAAACCAUCCCCCUAAAUGAUUGGCAAGUGCCUUUAAAGGAGCUUUUUAAAGCUAUUUAAAAGUUGCAGCAAAUUCCAGACUAUUAAAUGCUGUAAGAAGUAGUUUGUGAGGGCAAACCAGUCCCAGUGAAGGUGGACCAGCUUGACCUAAGCAAGUUUCUUCUUGCUGUAACACUCAGUCACUGUGCAAAUAGUGCUGAGGGAAUGAGAGCUACACAAAAACCAAAUAAACUGCCAAAAAAAGGCAGGGCAGGAAGGUGUUGGUUUAAGUUAAAGUUGGUUGAAAACCAGUUCACAGCUUAUUCCUCAGUUUAGGGUUUGGAAACACUGGGGGGAAAGUUUGUCUUGCUCUAGGAAUAAAUCAUCUAUUAAAGCAAACAAGGAGACACCCUCACUGACCUGAAGUGCUCCAGGGCUGUCAUGCCUGUAACUCCAAUUCAGCAGCUCAGCUGGAUUCUCCCGUGGUGGAAAAGGGUGGAAAACAGUGAUAGGAAGCAGUGAUAGCUACAGAGGGCUCAAGUCACCACAGACAGUGCUCUAAUAAAGCUCACCAUUCAUCUGUACUUCAGUAAGUUUUAUUAAUAAAAGACUAAUGCAUCACAAUCUCACCCAGAAGUCUGGGCUGGGUUUGCUAUUGCACUGGAGUUUUCCUUUUCCUGAAGUGAAGCUGCAGCAGUUCUCUGCUCUCCCAGGGGGCUGAGCUGCCUCCAGCACACAAGUGAGUGCACCAAGUGUUUGUAACUGGGACUGGUGAACUCCAGGAACCAGCUCUGGCCCGCGGGGAGCUCGGAUUUGUUUCACAAGACUGAUCCUAGGUAAGUCUGAUAUAAGGCAUUCAAGAUGACUACAUGGUACAAACUGGAACACCAGACCUUGACAGCCAAAAGAACAGUUGUAGCAGUUCCACAACAUGAAAACGAAUACCUGGACUCAUUUCAGAACAAAGAAUAAAGUUGUUGUGCCCGAUUGGAUGUUGUAUCCCUGUGUUUCUUCGUGGUUUGUAAGGAUAAGCUUGCAGAGGGCAGCUGUCUCUACAGCAGGUACUUCCUGAGCAAGGUUUCACCUCACGAUGCAUCAUCUAGUUCUGUAUUUUAUUACAAGUAGAAUCAUUACACAACAAAGUAAUGCAUAUUGGAAAAAUACAUUUUUACAACGACUCCAGACAAACAUUGCAGAUAAAAUGCCAUUGUUCUAAGACUUCCUUUUCUAUUUCACAGAGGGUAUUAGAAGGUUCAGUUAUUUCUGUCACUCAUACAAGCUUUGAUUUUUCUAGAGACGAGUUUGCUGCAGUGACCACCUCUGCUGCUUACAGAAAAAAGGACUUACCUGUUAACAUUUGAUCUACAGAACAAUCCAGCCUUGGCCUCCCAAACUGUUACAUGUUAGUUUAUAAGCACUACAAGAGCAGUUGGACAAGCUGUUAUCUCCAGCACGGGAAGUCAUUAAGGCAUCUGUCAGCUUUUAGCCAGCAACUUACUCUGCUCUGUCAGUACCUUCAACAGCAACGUUCUCACUCCACUCAGUGGUGUGAAACAGUGAGUGCAUCUUAUACAGGCAAAAAAUGUCAGCCAGACCACGGUUUGUGCUUGUGUAAGAGUGCUGGACCAUGGUAUUUGCUUGUGUAAGAGUGCUGAGUGACUGCAAUCAAAAGGAAUCCGGUCUCAGAACAAAAAGCUACAGCACGAACCUCCCGACUUCCCAUGCAGCCCUGCUGAAGUGCCUGAAGCCUCGUGUGGCAGCAGCACUCCCAGGGACACAAACUGAUUUUCCAUCUAAGCUUUUGUUCAAUGCUUGGCAGACUUGAGUCUCGAGUUAAUAGACACCACUAAAAGGGGUAAGAGGGGUGGGGGGUUUGGUAAAACUGAAUUAUGCUACAAGAAAGGAAGAGCAGUUGUUUAGAGUUAGAAAUGUGUUGACCACCACUACAUCACCAAGUGCCUCAUUCACAUUUGUACCCUGUAGUGGAGCAUUGCCAGCAAAACUCCCCAAAAAUGUCAGUGGUCUGAGAGCUCAGACCAACACUAGGCAGAGUGUGUGAGGGACUGAGUCCCACCAGUUGUCUGGUGGGGUCAGCUCCUCAGCUGAACUAGAAAAGAACUAACUUGGGUUUUGGUUUGAGUUGUGAGCUUUUCCCCUUAGCUCUGGCAGAAAGCUACUUAGAGUUGGCUGGAAGGAAACCAUCUCAAAGGCACUUUAAAAGGAUCAAAUUUACUGAAUUUAGUUGCUUUAAAUUUAAUUAACACCUCAGGCUGUAUAUUUAACAAUAACCUUAACUUUCCUUUCAGACUUCAGUAAGCUGGGACAGUACUGGCUGUAAACAGCAAACCAGGAGCACUAGAGAUGGUUUCUCAGAUCUUUCCCACAGUUUUACAGUUAUAAUCAAUAUCCUGUUUUUUAGAAGAGCUAAAACUACCCAGCCUUAACUUGUCAUUCAGUUAAGCUGAAUUUUCACCAGAUCCACAUUUUCCAUCAUCUAAAGCUUGCUUAAUCUGUUAGAGCUGAGCUCCCUGUUCCCUUGCCCUUACAGCAGAGAAGCCACUGAAAAAGUGAUGUUUAAAUGCUUUGGCAAUUACAUGCUGUGCAGUUUUCCAGUGAGGCUGAAGCCCACAGGCUGUGGCCUUGGAAAAUCCCUCCUCUGCACUGUCUGUCAGCAUUCUGAGCACACUCUUACCCCUCCACAUCACUUCAGCUCCAAAACAAGAAGGAAAAGAACAUGUUAUCAUGGGACUACAGUUAAGACUUUCACCAAAUGCACCUGCUCUCCAUCAUUAUCUUUCACUGCUAGAGAUCUGCAACCAGUGACACCCUGAAAUAACA